CUCGACGAACACAGACAGAGGUUGAAGUUCAAAGGUCGAGGCAAAGAUGAUUUCAAAGGCUACGAGAUGUGUUAAACUGUAACGUUACUAUUCAAUCUUCGGCACAGAUUAAACAGGCUCAACAACAAUGAUAAUUAGACAAUGCAGAUAAAGUCAAAUUUAGAUUAAAUACGUAACUGUUAUUGUGUUUUGUGCUUGCUUUUCCGUGCGCAGGAAGUCCGGGAGUGGAUAGUUGCAGUGUUGAUAUCUUUGCUCAGCUACAUGGUUGAAUAACAUAGCAAGCUAGCUCUAAAAGGAGAUAGAGGUAAACAAACGUGUUACAAAACACAAUUUUAGCUUCAUAGAAAACUAAUAGCUAUGGCAUUGCAAUUGUUAAGUUAAUAUACUGCAUUCAGUGAGAACAUACGCUAUGUCAGCUUUGUUAUUCCAGCACCGAGCUGGCCUUUGUAGAAAAUACAGUAGAGGUUUAUUGUGGACGCUGUCAAGGCGAAACUCUCAUAUAUUGGUAAACAAACUGAUAUCCAGCGACAGUGUUAAAAAUGUGCUGUCCAGAUGCGUCAAUGUCAGAAAGAUGCUUCUUUCAAAAUCAGAGCGGACACUUACAAGUCAGCCACAAAAACUCAUUCAGAGUCUUCUCCACAGACCUUUGGGUCCUGGCAUGGGGGGAAUUAGCAAAGAGUUAAUCAGGAGCAACCUGCUGAGGAACCCUGUUGGGUUGGUAAAUCUAUUAGGGGAAAUAAACUUCUUCAGUACAUCUCAAUCUAAACAAGAGAAAAAUAAAAGUAAUGGACCAAAGGGAAAAACUCCAGAGGAAGAUGAAGAGGAGAAGAAACGUCGUGAGCAGGAGGACCAGAUGUACCGGGAGCGCCUGCGGACCCUCUUCAUCAUAGCGCUCAUCAUGAGCCUGCUAAACUCCAUUAAUACCAGUGGUGGUAACAUCUCUUGGAAUGACUUUGUCAAUGAGAUGUUGGCCAAGGGAGAGGUGUCACGCGUGCAAGUCGUUCCUGAGAGUGACAUUGUUGAAAUCUACCUUCAUCCUGGAGCAGUUAUCUUUGGAAGGCCUAGGCUGGCGCUCAUGUACAGAAUGCAGGUUGCCAACAUUGACAAAUUUGAGGAGAAGCUGAGAACUGCUGAAGAAGAGCUGAAUAUUGACACUAAGGACAGGAUACCGGUGUCCUACAAACGCACUGGAUUCUUUGGAAAUGCAAUCUAUGCUCUGGGCAUGGCUGCCAUUGGUGUGGCUAUUCUCUGGUAUAUCUUUCGACUAGCAGGCAUGGGAGGCAGAGAGGGCGGCUUCAGUGCUUUUAAUCAGCUGAAGAUGGCCAAGUUCACCAUUGUGGACGGCAAGUCGGGUAAAGGUGUGAAUUUCAAAGAUGUAGCAGGCAUGCACGAGGCUAAGAUGGAAGUAAAGGAAUUUGUUGAUUACCUUAAGAAUCCAGAGCGAUACCUCCAGCUGGGAGCUAAGGUUCCCAAGGGUGCACUGUUGCUUGGGCCUCCAGGCUGUGGGAAGACCCUGCUUGCUAAGGCUGUAGCCACUGAGGCCCAGGUGCCCUUUCUGGCUAUGGCUGGCUCUGAGUUUGUGGAGGUCAUUGGAGGUCUGGGUGCUGCUAGGGUCAGGAGUCUGUUCAAGGAGGCUCGAGGCCGAGCACCCUGCAUUGUCUACAUCGAUGAGAUUGAUGCUGUGGGAAAGAAGCGCUCCACCAACAUGUCAGGGUUCUCCAAUACUGAAGAGGAGCAGACGCUCAACCAGCUGCUGGUAGAAAUGGAUGGAAUGGGAACGACUGACCAUGUCAUUGUCCUUGCUUCCACUAACAGAGGAGAUAUUUUGGACAAUGCUCUCAUGAGACCAGGCAGACUGGACAGGCACAUCUUUAUAGAUCUGCCCACAGUGCAGGAGAGGAAAGAGAUCUUUGAGCAACAUCUGAAGAUCUUGAAGCUGACCCAACCAGCUAAUGUCUACUCUCUGCGUCUGGCUGAGCUCACCCCAGGCUUCAGUGGUGCAGACAUUGCUAACAUUUGUAACGAAGCUGCCCUGCAUGCUGCCAGAGAGGGACACAAGUCCAUCGAUACCUUUAACUUUGAGUAUGCAGUGGAGAGAGUAAUAGCAGGAAGCGUAAAGAAGAGUAAGAUCCUGUCCAAAGAGGAGCAGAGGGUGGUUGCCUUCCAUGAGUCUGGACAUGCCUUAGUGGGAUGGCUACUUGAGCACACAGAGGCAGUCCUGAAGGUGUCCAUUGCCCCGCGGACUAAUGCAGCCCUGGGAUUUGCCCAGAUCCUACCUCGUGACCAAUACCUGUUCACCAAGGAGCAGCUGUUUGAGCGGAUGUGUAUGGCUCUGGGAGGAAGAACUGCUGAGGCUAUCACCUUUAACAGGGUUACAACAGGAGCUCAAGAUGACUUGCGUAAGGUGACUCGUGUGGCCUACUCUAUGGUGAAGCAGUACGGCAUGUGUGACAGUGUCGGCCAGGUCUCAUUCCCAGACACAGAGGAACAAGGUGCCAUUGGACGCCGUCCUUUCAGCCAGGGCCUGCAGCAGCAGAUGGACCACGAGGCUAAGAUAUUGAUAGCCCGUGCUUACAGGCACACAGAGAAGCUGCUACUGGACAACAGAGACAAGCUGACACUGUUGGCCAAUGCGCUGUUAGAGCGUGAGGUGGUGAACUACAAUGACAUUGAAGCCUUGCUGGGUCCACCCCCCCAUGGGCCCAAAAAGAUGAUCGUCCCGCAGAGCUGGUUGGAGGCUGAGAGGGACCAACAAGACACAGGAGAAGAUGAACCUCCACCACCUCCCCGCAAACAAAGAGAGGAGGACGUGGAUCCACAGCUACUAUGAUCUUAAAAUGUAUGUUUUCCAAAUGCUGCAUUUUGGGGGGGGGGUCAUCUGGGCGAAUUUUCUAAAACUUGGCAUUGAUUCCUCACUUUGAAGCUUUAUAUGCCUGAAAGUGAAAUCAUCAAAGUUUCUUAAAACUCUGCAAUCCAUGCAGACUUUUGUGCAAAUUAAAAUUUGCACUUGUUUUUCAGUUAGCUGACCUAUUUAGAUCAUCAUCAGAUUAGAUCAUCUGAAACAGGCCUCAUCAAGCCAGCGCAACUUUGAGAAUGAUUAUUUUGGGAGGAAUUCCAUCAUUUUUCUCACAUGCUUGCUGCACAGCCAUAUUAUUAUGCCUAAAAAGAAGUCUGUUUAAACAGGAGGUCUCUAACUAGCCUAAAGCGCAGGUAGUUUAGAAAAGCCCUCUAAUCAACAUUUACUGUAUGUGCAAUCAACAAUUAUAUACUCUGGCUUAGAAUUCCCAAACACUGUGCUAAUACCUGAAAGUGACAUGGGAUCAUUUUAUGCAAACAUACUGUAGCAUAUACAGGUUUGGAUUUGAGUAUUACUUUUGCUGUUGGCCAUUUGUAACUCAAGUCAUUCUAUACUGAAAACAGUCGUCUUUAGGGGUGAUUUAUUUACCUUGCCUUGAGAUGACGUGCACCAGAUAUAUUUGCAUUCAUUCAGGUGACUCACAUCUACACAAACACAUUAAGGUUUGCAUUAUUGUGUUUGGUAUUCAAGUGAGCUGCAGUAAAGAAUUAUAACAGAUUGUAGUGGACAUUUGCUGUGGACAUUUAUACCUAAUAGUGUGUACUUCUGUAAAGAGAAGUGGUAAGGAACAAAUGAAACUGCUCUCCAUCAGUGAGGAAACUACAUUUUACAUUUUGAAAUAGCCCUUUUAGCGGCAGGUAUUACUCCACACAUCUUGUUCCUUCUCUCAACGCGAGACAUGCAGAUUGUGUUAAUAGAUGGAAUUGGUUGGAAGGUUGAGCUUGUGUUUUCUUUGAAAAAAAGUCUUUGUAUUAGGGAUUGUGUAUUGGUUUGAUUGCCACAUGUGAAUAUGAAGUCCCACAGGAUGGUGUUAAAUAUUAAAAUAAAGUUUUAUUUAAAUAUUG